UCAUGCUGUUUGUCAUUUCAUUCCGUGGAACCUAAGUACAUCUUCUUGAUGGCUGCUUUAAUGUAGCUUUGUUGAGGAGCAGUCUUGUAUAUCUGGGCCGAAAGAUGGAUUUGCUUCCACGCAAAUCAAUGAUAUGGCUCGUCAUAAUGGGGGCAGGCUUGGUCCAAGUGCUUAUUAGUUCAGGGAUAUUGUGGAAAAGAAGAAAUGUAGAUCCAGAAGCGACUAUGAAUACUAGCGAAAUUAUUUCUUUCAAAGGAUAUCCCAGUGAGGAAUAUGAAGUGGUAACAGACGAUGGUUAUAUUCUGAGUAUUAACAGAAUCCCUCAUGGCAAAAGAAAUCAGUCAAACAAGGAUCCAAAGCCCGCAGUGUUUCUGCAACAUGGCAUGUUUGGCACUAGCAGUAACUGGGUGAUGUCUCUGGAGAACAACAGCCUGGGCUUCAUAUUGGCUGAUGCUGGCUAUGAUGUUUGGCUAGGAAACAGUAGAGGGAACACCUGGUCCAUCAAACACAUCAACUAUACUGUGGAUCAAGAAGAAUUCUGGCGAUUCAGUUUUGAUGAAAUGGCUAAAUAUGACCUUCCAGCUUCAAUAAAUUUUAUCCUGAGAAAAACUGGACAAGAGAAAAUAUUUUAUGUUGGUCAUUCCCAGGGCACCACAACGGCAAUCAUUGCAUUUUCAACCAUGCCACAGCUCGCCCAGAAGAUAAAAAUGUUCUUUGGAUUAGCACCAGUGGUCAACAUGCUUUAUUGUGGCAGCCCAUCAUCAACUGUGUUACUUCAGCUUCCUGAAUAUUUGAUCAAAGGAAUACUUGGAACCAAGCAGUUUGGUGCUCAAGGCAAACUCACAAAAUGGUUUGCUACUAACCUGUGUAAUCGUUUCUUACUUGAUCAUGUUUGUGGCAGUAUGUUCUUCCUAGGGAUGGGCUUUAAUGUGAAAAACAUUAAUCUGACUCGAAUCAAUGUAUAUUUAUCACACAGCCCAGCUGGGGUUUCUAUCCGGAACAUGCUUCACUGGCAUCAGAAUAUGAGGAGUGGGAAGUUCAAAGGCUUUGACUGGGGUAGCAAGGAAGAAAACAUGGCUCACCACAACCAGGAAACAGCACCUUCCUAUGAUAUUAAACAAAUGACUGUUCCAACAGCUUUCUGGAAUGGUGGAAAUGACCGGCUUUCAACCCCAAAGGAUUGUGCCCUGUUGUUGCCUCAGGUCUCAAACCUAUUUUACCACAAGAUUAUUCCUGACUGGGCACACCUGGAUUUCAUCUGGGGCCUUGAUGCCCCACAGCGCAUGUAUGGAGAAAUAAUUGAGUUUAUGCAAAAUUAUCAGUGAGUUUGUGAUCCUGAAAUUGUCCUUCAAGAAAUCAGCACCUUUAGACUAUGUCUAUGAUAAUAACAACAACUACAAAAACUACAAUUAAAAUAUAAAAAAGCACCUUGGAAAGAAAUCCCUAUGUUUGUUCACACAAAAUAAUC